AUGACGGAGUUCAUCUUGCAGAUGUGUAGGGACACCAACUUUGCGGACGCCGGCGUCACCUUUUCACACGGAAGAGUUGAUGAAGAGGUUGACGUUAGGUUCGAAGACACGGGAACGGAACCGAAUGCCAUAAUUAUGGGUGUGAACGCGAUCCCUUUCGGUCCGCCGAUUGGCAUCAUCGUUUUCCUCAUCGUUCCGGAGGACAUAACGCUUGGGGAGAUAGACAACUUCACGCUGGACGGUCCGGAGUUCGGUAUUAAUUUGGGACGACCUGACGGUUUUGCGGAGUCGUGGGUGUUUUCCGUACCUUCUUUACGUGUCCGUUCCUACGGUAUGGGAAAUCUAUUUAGGAUAUGGUGGAGAGACUGGUGAGUACGAAAACAACUUACCCGUCAGCGGUAUUGCUACUCUUUAGAUUAA